AUUCUCCAACUCUCUUGACUUUAGAUUUCCGAGUUCGAACCCACUACCAAGAUGUCUGCUGGCAACGGCAACCCCUUCUCCCCGUCGACAAGCAGAAAAGAACCUGCAACUCCCCCAAACCCUAAUCCUAAAAUUAAACAACGCCGAACCAAUUUUACUUCAGAAAUGGGCACAACCAUCUACAAUUCUCCUUCCUUGGUUGACAGAAGACUCCGGCAUUGCCGAACUGAUCGUAAUUCAGAUAGGGCGAAGAAAACCCAAUUCCCUACGGAUGUAAUUCUUUUAAGGCUUGGUGUCAAGUCUCUGCUUCGAUUCAGAUGUGGCAUUGAAGAUACAAACUUUGCCAUCGGCACUCUAGAGGACAACGUUGAUGGGAUUCGCUUUCGACUCCUCGCAACCAACCACCUCCAGGUGCUGCCCUCCGAGAAAAUUUUGGGCUUCUUAGGGCACUGCAACGGCCUUGUGUCUGCGCACUUAUAUUCCAAUGAAACCAACAGUAGCAGCAUCAUUUUUUGGAACCCUUUAAGCAUGGAACAUAGAAGAUGUCCUAUGCCGCAACGUUGUCUAACGGAUAUUCAACUAUUCGCGUUUGGUUACAAUUCGAUAAGCAAUGAUUACAAGCUCGUAACAGCCACAACUCUUUCAUUUGCAAAGAAACAAGAGUGGAAACAUCUCAAUGGCUGCAUUUACUGGCUUAUUAGUCGUGAAGGACGAUCUAAUUGUGGAAUUGUAAGUUUUGAUUUGAGCACAGAUAGACUGAGAGAAGAGGAAUCUGCAAGCUGGGUACUAUCCACCAAUGAAUCCAAAGCGUUUAUUGGCUUGGAUCUUUUAGGAGAGUCUCUUUGUCUGAUGGUGACUGACGACGAAGUUAUCUAUGACGUGUGGAUGAUGGAGGAAAAUGUGGUGAACAGUACCAAACCUUGGAUUAAAUUGUUCAGUGUUAGUAGUAUUGAUGGCAACUUCAACACCGCUUUAGAUGAUCCGUUGAACGGCGAUGCGAUAACUCCAGUCUGUUUUAUUGGAAACAGAAAACUUUUGAUUUUUUGGCAUUCAAGACAUGAAUAUGUUCUGUAUGACCCCGGUGACCAAUCAGUUAAGAAGGUUGCAGAAAUUGGCAAUCCCUUUCUGGAUUUGUGGCCUGUGAGUCCAUAUGUGGAGAGCAUAGUCUCCCUGGGUAGAAGAAUUCAAUCACUGAAUUCUAAGUUUAUUAAUGUUAUUAUUUAGUUUUAUUUUUUUUUCUUCUAGUGUUAUUAUCUUCUUUAUUUUGGGGAAUGGCUAAUGAUUGAAGAGGGUGUGCUAUUGUUGAGUCCUAGUGCUGGGAUGUGAAAACUGAUUAUAGGUGGUUUGGGUAUUGGUUUAGUUUUAAUAAACAGAAGUGGAUGUGUUGAUGGUGUUUUUUAAGGUGAUAUAAGUUGUAAUAAGAAUGAUGGAGCCAUUCUACUUGCUAUUCUUCUUGUCUGCAAACAAGAAUUCUGUGUGGUUUCAGCUAGUAAAUUUGGUUGUUGAAG